UGGGUGCGGCCGCUUUAAGGCGCGGUGAUCCCAGGGCAUCGCCGGGCGGGGCGGGGACAGUGCAGGCGCCACCGGCGGAGGCGAAAGCGAGGGAGGUAGUGCGCGUGUCCGGCCCCACCAUGCUGACCGCGCUCACCCCGCCAGCCGUGCCUGCGAUCCCGAGGCAGCUGCCCGCGGCCCCCGCGCGGCGCCAGGACUCCUCCGGUUCGUCAGGCUCCUACCACACGGCUCCGGGCUCUCCAGAGCCCCCGGACGUUGGGCCGGACGCGGAAGGCCGAGCGGACUGGCCCUGGGUGGCCCCUGGGCGGGGGGCGGGCGCACAGCCUCGCCUGUCCGUCAGCGCCCAGAAUAGCCGCCAGCCGCACUGGCCCGGCUCGGGUUUCCCGCGAGGCCCGGGCUCCGGCCCGCGGCCACCCCAGCCCCAGCUGCGCACGCUGCCGUCGGGGGAGAUGGAAGUCAUCUUCGGCGUCGGGCCCCUGUUCAGCCGCUCCGCCGCGGAGGAUCGCGAGGUGCAGCAGCUCACGGAGCCGGCCUUCGGCAGCCCCUCACCGCCAGGGCCAGCGCCUCCCGCCCUUGUCCCACUACAGCCCCAGGCCCGCGACGGUGGCUCUCGCUGGGCCACAUACCUGGAGCUGCGACCCGGCGGGCAGAGUCCUGCCUCCCCAACGCAGUUUGAGUGUGUGGAGGUGGCACUGGAGGAACGCGCCGCGCCCGCCAAGCCCCGGACGGUGCCCAAGCGUCAGAUCGAGCUGCGCCCCCGGCCCCAGAGUCCCCAGCGGGUGGCUGUCGCGCCGCGCCCCCGACUGCUCCUGCGCACCGGCUCCCUUGACGAGUCACUGAGUCGUCUGCAGGCCGCGGCGGGCUUCGUGCAGACCGCGCUGGCCAAAAAACUGAGCCCCGAGGCCCCAGCCCCUAGCAGCGCCGCCUUUGAGCCCACAGGACGGUCGGAACCUGCGACCCGGGAAACGGCCCGCAGCGCUCGUGUCGUCUUGGAGAAGGCUAAGCCUCGGCCCCUUCGUGUACAAGAUAGUACGGCCCCAGCAAAAGCCCCACGGCCGUGGCCCAGCCUCCGAGAGCGCGCUAUUCGGCGCGACAAGCCGGCGCCUGGGACCCAGCCGCUGGGUCCUGUUAGUUCCAGCAUCUUCCUACAGUCAGAGGAGAAGAUCCAGGAGGCGCGCAAGACUCGGUUCCCGCGAGAGGCUCCGGAUCGAACCGUCCCGAGGGCACGGAGUCCGCCUUUUGAGUCUAUAGUCCCCUGGGAGGUUCCGAGCAGGACUGUGAGGCCAAGAAGCCCGUCCCCGCGGUCGCAAACUCCAAAUGGGAACGUGCGAGGUCCUCGCGGCCCAUGCCCCCAGAACCUGUCCCCGUGGGAGCGGACCAUUCCUAGGGUGAGUAGCGCGUCGUUCCCAGAAGCAUCCUCCGCAUGGGAAAAUCAGAAUCCCGCCGUCGAAGACACCGUCAGCAGGAGAAGCCCUGCGCCUCCGACCCUUUGCCAGUGGAACCAGCGUGUUGCUGGAGCAGAAAACCCAUCCCCCAAAGCUCCUUCCCAUUGGGAGAUUCCACAUCCCGCAGUCGCAGUCGGGGAUGAGGAGGAGCCGGCUGGGAGCCCGUCCCUGCCGACCGUGUUCCCAUGGGAAUCUCCAGCUCGUUCUACUGGGACUCGGAGCCCAUCGCCCCGAGAGGCGUGGGAUCCCGCGGUGCGGGGCUCCUCCGCAGUAUUUACGCGGGAAGCUCAAAAUGGCGAAGCGCAGGAGUUGGUGCCAUCUACACCGUCAGCACCCGGGACUCCAGAACCAACAGAGGAGCAGAGUCCAUCCGCACAGGAGAUUCCGGAUCUUGCCUUCCGAGGCAGUCGGCCGUCGCCAGAGGCGGCUGCACCUGAGCCGCCCUGCAGUCACCUUGUGGGCAGGUCGGACGCCGAUGCCCGUCCAGAAGCCUUGGGCCACGGAGAAGCGGCCUCGGGACGCCAGCGUGUGGCCAUUCCGCGGCCCAGAGACGUGCGCAAGAUGGUGAAGACCUCGUACGCGCCAAGCUUCCCGGCGGCGACCGCCGGCUCGGGGCUGCCUGCGCCUCCUGCUGACCCCUGCGGGGAGGAGGACGGCGCGUCCAAGGCACAGGAGCUGCGGGCGCCAGGGCCCCCCGCUCCGGCUCACUACACUUCCACUUUUCUGAAGGACUUUCUGCCGGUCGUGCCGCACCCCUACGAGCCUCCAGAGCCACCCCUCGACACAGUGCCCCGGGACGCCUCAAAGCCCAACGGGGUCGUGCGGCGGAGAGCAGAGAACAGCACGGCAAAGCCCUUCGCGCGCACAGAGAUCCGCCUGCCCGGUGCCCUGGCCUUGGGCCGCCGGCCCGAGGAAACCCCGGGAGUCCGAGUGCGCGCUCCUGGCGGAGAGAACCGGGGUGCAGAGCCACAUCGCCUCGUCCCCGAUGGCGAGGGCCGGACCAGCCCUCUAGGCGGCGCUCGCAACCCGUCCCAGCGGUCCCCCAUAGAGCCAGCAGGGGCCCGACCACCGCGCCCCAGCUCCCCACAGGCUCACCCCAACUCGAGCCCCGAGGUAGUACCCAAGCUGGAGACCCCCCCUGAGCCCCUCGAGCCCACGGCCGCCGUCCAGGCGCCCCUGCCGCGGGAGCCCCAGGCGUCGGCCGGCAGGACAGCCCCUGCCCAGCCUCGCGCCGCCUCGGCGCCUCCCACGGACCGGUCCCCGCCAGGCCCCUCCCAGGGGGUGCGCAGGCUGCCCGGGGCCGCGCACCCGGGGAAGGUCCUGGUGGACCCGGAGAGCGGCCGCUACUACUUUGUGGAGAUGCCGCGGCAGCCUCGGCUGCGGCUGCUCUUCGACCCUGAGAGCGGGCAGUACGUGGAAGUGCUGCUGCCGCCCGCGUCCCCGGGGCCACCCCGUCGCGUCUGCACCCCGUUGGCCCUGGGGCCCGGCCUCUACCCGCCCGCCUAUGGGCCUAUCCAUGCCCUCUCACUGCCACCGUCCCCGGGCCCGCCGGCUCUCGGCAGCCCCCAGCUACCCUGGGCCUCUGAGGCGGGCCCCCUGGACGGGAUGUACUACCUGCCGGUGAGCGGGACCCCCAGCCCCACGCCCCCCCUGCUCCUCUGUGCCCCGCCCUCCAGCUCGGGUACCACCCAGCCUGGCAAGGGCUCCUUGUUCCCAUUGUGAGGCCCCAGAGUUGGGGCCCUAGGAUGGCCUUGGAGGUUCUGGCAUCCAGUCCUUUGCCCUCCUUUCCUUCCAUCACCCCUCUCUUUGGCCUAUCCCUGCCAAUUGUCAGGCCAGAAGUGACCUUCAGAGAAAGUGUCUGAGACCCAGGGACUGAUGGAGUUGGAGCUUAGGACGUGGCUGCCUCCUUCCUCCCUCAACAAUAUUGUAUGUCCCUUUCCCAAGCAUUCCCAGGGUGUGGUGUGUGUGUUUACCUGUGUUUGUGUGUAUGCAGGCGAGCAAAUACAGAAAAGCGUGGAAUCCCAGGGCUUAUCCCCAGGAGCCAAUCCAAGGAGGUGUUGGGGUUCCCCAGGGGGCAGCAGGAAUGGGAGCAGCAGGGGACAGGGCUGCCCCCUGAGGUAGUGAACUAUCUGUCCCUCUCUGAAGGUGGGCCCAGCUGAGGUAGAGCUGGCCGUCGGGCACAGGUGACAUGGAAGGGAAGGAUUCUGGCUACACAGCCUGCUCUUUGGAAGAGGAGCUGAGCUUUGGGCUGGGAGGCAGCGGGGGAAAGUGGCUAGUGCAGCCCGAGGCCAGGCUGGGCUGAGAGGGAGCUAGGGGGACAGCAAGUGCAGGUGGAGCAAGGAAGUAACACAGGGAGGGGCUGCGGAGACCGCCUGGCAUUGGGGUGGGGAGACUGGGGGUAAGGUGGGCCCAGGUGCUGUGGGCUCCAGCUGGGAGCCUGGCUCCCCAAGCCUCCCAUCACCCCCAGUCUCUGAUGUGGCUUCUGCUCUGAGCCCCAGAGCUGAGCUGGCUCAUCCUGGGUGGGGGCAAGGCCUCAGCCACUGCCACCCAGGUAGGUGGCAGGUGAAAUGAGUCAUCGGGAAGGACUCAUGAGAGCUGUUGUCCCAGGGGAGCCUUGACCCCUUGGGUGGGUGGAUGAUGGGUUAGGGCUGCCAGUAGAAGGGAUCCCCCUGUGUGGGGUAGGUCAGAGGGACCUGAAGCUCCUAGCUGGUCCCACUCCCCUUGGUCACAGCACAAGGAAGGGACAGGACCCAGAGUCCAUGCUUCAGCUGCCCUGAGAUUCCAGGAGCCCCUGAGGAAGGCUGAGGGAGAUGAGGGAUCUGCAGGAGGUGGGAGGUGGUCUGCGUGGGGUCUGUGUGUCGUUCUGAGCCUGAAAUGGCUGGGCCCUGCUGGGCUGGUGUGUGGCGUGAUGAGCUGGGGAGGACAGUUCCCAUUAGAAGCAGUGUCCGGGAGGGGCAUCGAUGCUGUCCUUAUUCCAGGGCUGUGCGUGGCCGGGUGCCUCAGAGUCCCGCCCCCCUGCCCUGGACUGCAGGCUGACUAGAACCAUGAGACAGAAUAACUUGGACAUUUCUUGGCUGAAGACGCUGGUUCUGAUGGCAUGGAGGUUCCUGGGGUCACCCCAGGUGCCUCACCUCAUCCUGGUGUGCAAUAAAUAAAUCGCUGACCCAUGAGCCAUGGUGGGUAAAAGAA